CCAACAUUAUAGUGAGAACGUUUAUACUAAUCUUUCAAUUAAACUUAGAAUCUAUCAUUGUAUAAACCUAGGUUUAUAUUGUUAUCAAAGUUUAUCUCUUUUAUGCACGCUUAAUAAUAGAUCCGAAGAGCUUCCAUCUAAAAAAGCUGUAGUAUAAGGGGGCAUUCAGUUGAUGCGGCAGCUAAGUUUAACGUAUCAGAAAAACCCACGUAUGCCAAGAAUUGCAACCGUCACUAGAAGUGCAUUCAAUUUAUGUACAUAUGUAUAUAUAUCUAAAACAACAACACUAAAAACUUUUCGCUGAUUCUAUUGUUUUAUAUGUAUUCACAUAUACAUCUAUAUAUAUUGUAAAUGCAUCAACUACUGGCUGUAGUCUGUAGCAGUCGCUCGAAGUGAUAACAAUUAAUUUCAAGUGCGGGUGGAAAAAUUUCUAUUUAUUUAUUAAAUAUUUAAAAUUUACAGUUAUUGGACAAUUAUGAGUCUAUCCGAAAUUUCAAACAAGUUCACUGAAAAUACGUUGGAUGAAAUUAUCCAGAAAGCCGGUGGCACUAAGCACACUUCCUAUAAAUUUGGCGAAGGUUUCAAGAAAGGCGACUCCUAUCUGAGUAGAGUGUAUCGACUUACUGUCUUCGGCGUAAAUGAGACUAAUGGCUCAACACUCGAAGUGCAUCUGAUUUGCAAAGGCAUGCCGGAUAAUAUUGCGCGCCGAAAAGUGUUUCACUCAGCGGAUUUCUUCCGAAAUGAAAUAAAUUUCUACACAAAAGUAGUGCCUGCUUGGGAAGCAUUUCAAGCGCGUCGCAAGCCCGCCAAUUCAUUUACGGAAUACCCAAAAUGUUUCGCUUCGCACUGUGAUGGUCAAAACGAUUUUAUUGCAUUGGAAAACGUAAGUUUCCGUGGGUAUAAUGCGCCAAAUAGACAAGAUUACAUAUCCCUCGAAGAUGCGAUAUUGACUAUGCGUACAUUGGGACGCUUCCACGGUAUUUCAUUAGCAUUCCGUGCCUUAGAGCCCGAAAAUUUCGAAAUAGCCGCAAAAGGUUUGGAGGAAACAUACUAUAAUGAAGCCAAACGUUCCUGGUAUAUUGGUUUCCUCGGUUUAGCCUGUAAUGUUGCUAAGGAUGCAGUGGAAAAAACUUAUUCCGGCACAGAAUACGAAACUAUAGCUAAGAAGUUUUUACAACCCACACCGCUGUAUGAUGAUCUUAUCAAACUUGUUUCAUCGGACUCACCACUCGCGGCUAUUGGACAUGGCGAUUGCUGGACACCAAACUUUUUAACCCGUUACUCUAAGGACCAGCAUCCAGAGGCUAUCGUUAUCAUAGAUUUCCAAUUAGCGCGUCGUGCUUCCAUCGCCGUCGAUAUAUCAUUCUUUAUCUACUCUUGCACAAGUGAGGCGCUGCGUGAAUCUCAUUACGAACAGCUAUUGAAGGAAUAUCACCAGAGCGCUUGUGCGCUGAUCGCCGAUUUAGGUGCUGAUCCGACAGCGGUCUUCAGUUGGGAAGCUUUCCAAGAAGAAAUGCGCCGUUUUGCGCGAUUCGGUUGCGGUAUGGGCAUUGAAUCAUUGCCAAUGUCAUUGAUCGAAGACGACGAAGUGGCCGAUUUGGAUGACAUGAAGGAGGAUGCAGUGCUCACCGAUGUCUGGAACAUCAAGCCAUUUAAAGAGCAGAAAAAACGCGAACGCAUUGCACAGAUUUUCAAGCAUGCCAUUGAUCAAGGCUAUAUAACAAACUAAGCUAACAAAGUAUGUCCAUUUUUAGUAUUAUAUAGUAAAUAGGUAGCAAAAUAUAUGUGCAGCGAUUCCUAUGUAGUGCUAAAGUUGAAAAAAAAUUUCUAGCAAUAUUUUAAUAUUUUAUAUUUGUAUUGAAUAAAUUUGAAUAAAUAUCUACAAACA